AUGACGUCGUCGGUUGUGUCGCUUUGUUUGUUGCUGAUGGUUUUGGCAAGCGUUGCCAGUGCAUGUCAGAACCUUCCGCCAACACAUCGAAUAGGAAAUUAUGUUUACAAUCUACACCAAAAACGCAGCUGUCCAGGACCGGUAGCGAUGUCAUUCGGAAAUUUGUAUAGCGUCAAUCAGUGCAUCGACGGAUGCCGAAGACACAAGUGUGUGGCGAUUAGCUUGUACAAAAGGGGAGACAUGUCGUUUGGCUGCAACAUUAUAACAAAUUUUGGAGGAUUAAUCCCAGACGCAAAUGCCGCCUGUUAUGUCCGCACAGAUAUAAAGGAAACAAGCAUGAGAGAUCGGCCUGUCAUCGGCUUCGAAAAUUACACCAUAUACUGUGGCGAUGCUGAUGAGAACAAAGUAGUUGGCUGCGCAACAGCUGUGAGGAACGAUUACAAUGCCACGGACGUGACUCAGCUUAAGUAG